GAUUUUGUACGGACCAGUUCAUUUGACCCGGUUUCAGGGCUACUCAAAAUUCGUGCAGAUAUAAUAACUCCAGAGGACAGGAAAAGAUUUUUUUAAAUGAAUUCCUAGUAACCAAUACAAUCAUAGGGAAUACAUCAAAAUAAACAGAAGCUGAAUCAAUACUGGAAGUGAAUAUAAGUUUGUGAUCCAUAUUGGCCUCAGAAAUCCUGAACUUAUACAGUUUCUGCUGAACUCACACCGAUACUGUAGCAGACCUUGAAUCCAUACCGAUCGAGGCACUGAUACUAAACCCAUAACGGCUCUGAAACUGAUACUAAAUUCCAAUCAGUCCUGGAACAGACCCUAAAUCUAUACUGAUCGAGGAACUGGUACUAGCCUCCUACCGGCCCUAGAACUGGUUCCCGAACCAUACUUGUCUUGAACUAAUUCUGAACCUGGAUAUCGAUUCUAGAAUAGAUCCCAAAUCCAUACUGGUCCUGGAACUGAUCCUGAACCUAAACCGGUCCUGGAACUGGUUCUCAAAUCUUAUCGAUCCUAUAACUGAUCAUAAACGCUACGCUGGUCAUGGAAAAGAUAGAAAAUUGAAAUUAACCCAUACCGGUUGUGGAACUUAUGCUGAGCCCCUUGACACCCCUGAAACUGAUCUCGAACCCAAAUCGUUUUUGAAACUGAUCUCAAGUCCAUUUAGGUCAUGAUGUCUUGUUAUUCUAGUGCAAAAACUGUACCUGUAUUUGAAUUAGACAUAGAACGGAUCGCAAACCUGUCCCGGUUCAGGAACUAUAUUUGUCGAAGAACAAUUCCCUGACAAAAACUUCUUGAUACAUUAGACAUUCAGCGCAUAAGUAAAGCCUGAUCCAUACAGCCAGGAAGUAAAAAGGCCGAAUUUAAGGCCGAAAUAUCCUACUAGUUCUCUGUCUCCGGAUUUCAACGUCCUUGAUUUUAUCGUUUGUCGAGAUAUGAAAAACCAAUCAUAUUUGUUUUAAACAAAACAAUAAACUCAGGAUUCAACAAAAGUCUAAAAAAGAUCAUUUUUAUACCGUCCAACGGAUUUUUGUAACGGUCAUCUCACAUUUCUUCCUGAAACCAUGCGCCCCCAUCGAAAUCGACGUACGUAGCAAGGACGAUGUGUCGAUGAAACCCGCCACCAGCCAACUAAUCGACCAACAAACCAGGACAACUCGCUCGCUGUGGGUGUGUGUCUGUGACUAUGUGUGUGUGUGUGGAGAAGGCUCGUCAGACGAAAACGCGACGGGUUCGUUGACAGUGCGUCCGUCGUCCAUAAAUUCCCCACCCAUAUUGCCAACUCAGCCUGGGCGAUACCGUCACCACACCACCCAGAGUUCGUAGUAAAAAUGGGUCCGCACCCGCCAGUAGCGCAGUAGUGCAGAAGCUUCCAGCAAAACCGCUCCGUUCCUUAUAUCCCGUGACCCCGUGCAAAUUGUGAAUUGUGAUGCAAAGGUGGACAGUGGCAAAGGAUGCAUCCGAGCAGAGCGUAUGAAGCACACAGGCUCGGGGACAGGUUACAGUCGACGAAGCACAAUCGCUGUGUGGGGAUUGCAUUUUCUAGUGCAAUCGGGUGCUAGUGUUAACCGUGAGUUCGUCCUUGUCCUGUUCAAUGGUGUUCGUUCGUUUUGUGCUUCCAAAAUCAUUACUUAGACCCAGCCGUAGCGCGUGAUCCGUCCCAGGUGCAGGCGGGAGUAGCAUGAAGUGGAAGGUGGGGCAGGCUCAAAAGAAAUGCAAACUCUCCCCCCAUUAAAACCCACUCCAAGUAACGUAGUAACCCGUGCAAAAUCUAGCAAAGUUCAGGCGUAUCCCGCCCACGUGUGUUAGGAAGAACCAUCUCCCUCGCAACACGCAUAUCGUGGAAAAGUAGGGAAAAUUCCCUUAAAUUUGCGUGAUUGCGUGGUGUCAUUGGAAAAUACGCUGCAGUAUCCUUUUCCUCCCGUCCCCUUGUGUGCGUGCGUGCGUGUGUGUGUUUGUGCAAAGCAGCGAGUCGCGACAGUCACUUGACGUUUGCGACACCCAAAGUGGGGCAGCAGAAUCGAUCAACCACGGUGGGAUACACCUUUUGUUGAUCGAUUUUUUUCGACGACGGCGAGCUGUCAGGAUAUUCGACGACGCGUGUGGAAACACCCAAAACACAAACACACGUUGACGACAGGCGAGGUUUGAAGGGGACAGCGAGAAAGAAGGAAAAAAAACGCGCGCCGAAAAGAGUGACGGGGCACACAGCACGACGCUCCCGUCAAAAUAAACAUUAGCUCUGUGUGUCGCGCGCGCGGGUCGAAAGUACUCCUUCAGGCUGUGCUGUGUUUCCAUUUUAAGCGUGGGAAAUAAAUGUGUGUGUGUGCGUUAUGUACGUCAUUUGGUAGGCGAGUUUGCUUGUGAAGUAACGUAAAUUGAGAAAGAAAUUAAAACAAACUCACCCAACAAUUGUGCUUCCCUAUUCCUCUGUGUGUGCGUGUGUCCCCCCUCUCAUGGUGCAGGUUUAUUGACAACUCGACAAAGAAGCAUCUUCUCCAUGGCAUCCUUUGUUUGGACAUGUGCGUCCGUUCGUCGUAUGCGUGUGCGCCCCAUUAGUGCUGCAUAAUGGGAAGCUGCAGUGUGCAUCCAAAGCAGACGAAUUAAAGAGCCCUCUUCCUGCCGCAGUAGACAGUAUGACACGGUAGAAGCAACACAAACCGAGUGAAGUGCAAACAGUAGGUAUAGCGGGUAGCGUUCUUCCACGCACAGGCGUCACGAGGGAUCUGUGCAAAGGCAACUACUAGGCCAACAGCGCAACAAGGCCAGCAAAGAUGCAUUACCGUCACGAGGAUGUUGUGCUGGAGCAGCACGCGAGAAGCGAGAACCACUCGCUCGGCGGUGUUGCCGCCUCCGACGCCAAGUACGAACAGUCCAUCGUGUGGCCGUUUCUUAUUCAGAAUGCGAUGGAAAAUCCGCUCUGCACCACGACCACCUCCACCACGUCGACCGUUUCCGUGCUGCUGUGGACGACGAUUGCAGUGUUCGGGAUUGUUUACACCCUGCUCGGAUAUCGAUGUCUCCGGGCGAUAGGAUUCCUCACCGGGUUGGCAGCCGGUGCCGGAUGUAUUGUGCUGUUGCAGAAUAAGAACAUCACCGGGUUUGGAAACCUGGCUGCCCCAGCACUGGCGGUAGUGGCCGGACUGUUCGGUGCAGUGCUCGGCUCGACCCAUCCCAUCUCAUCCACCCUGAUAGGAGCCUCCGCCGGUGCACUAGUGGCCGGCGCAACGAUUGCCGCCUGCAUAGCCACGUUACCUCAUUACAUAUUUGGUGAGAACGAACUGUUCGUAUCGGUCGUUGGUGGAGCUAUCAUUUGUGCGAUCUGCGCACUGUUCUGCCCGAAGUUUACGUCCAUCAUCGCUUCCAGCAUUAUCGGAUCGGCCAUGAUACUGUGCUCGAUCGAUUUCUUCAUGCACGGACUGAACACACUGGACUGGAUCUUCAACAUGAAGCCGGACCCAACGCCACCGCCGUGCUGGGGCGGCGUGAUCCUCUGCUGCUGGCCCAUCUCGUCCGUGCUCGGCGUGCUGGUGCAGUGCUUCGUGACCGCCUGGAAGAUCGACCACCGGCGCCAGCUGCACCAUCGCCGAAGGCGACACUACAAGGGCCGAUCGGGGUCACGAUCGCGCGAAACGCGGGAGGAGGCCCGCCAGCGCAAGUAUCGCUAUCUGUAUCAGGUUCGCACCGCCCGGGGCGAUAUUAUUUCGCAGAACUUUGUGUCCGCCCUGCAGAAGCACGUCACCACCGACUCGGGCCCACCGUCGGAGGUGUCGACGAAGCUCGGCUCGAACGAUCGCAACACGGCCCGCAGCGACCGCACCCAUCUGACCAACCUGCCCGACUCCGACUUCGACAAGAUGGACUCGAGCUGCGAGAAGCGUUGACAGAAGCUGUCGUCCGCCACGGGCAAGUAGUACCGGGGCCGGUCGGGCGGCGUCGGCCACCGGCGCAGCGAGCGCCUGUCCCGCCAGUACUCGAGCCGCAGCAUUGCCCAGGAGAUCGAUCGCGAAAUGGCACUCGCCAUCGGACCGGACGGCCACCACGAGCCGCGCUGAAUUUCAAUCAUCUGUUUGCGUUAAAUGAAAGGAAGGGGUCUUUUUGUGUGUGUGUAUGGAAAUUAUAGGUUUAAUAUAUACAUAUAGGUGUUUUGCUUUUGCAUUUACCAAUCGGGUCGGGCCCGCGUGAGGUGGGGGAGUUAGUUUUUUUUUUACAAUCGUGACAAAAAAGCAAACAAACAAACUUUAAUGGUGUUCCAUUUAGCAUUUAGGUGUUUCGUGCCAGGGAUCAGGGGGUCGUACCGGGACCGGGAAGAAGCGAUUUAAGGUUGUUUGCUGUGAGUGUUUGCAAAACGAAGGACGAACGAAUGCACAAUUAAACCAAACGAAAAGAAAAAAACAGUGAUGAACAGUGGUUACCGGAAAAUGGGGCAGAAAGUAGUAGCAAGAAUGUAUGGAAUAUAAGUGAAACACUUUAUCGUUUAAGGAUGAAACGGGAAGGAGCAUAAAUGCAAGAAAAAUGAGACAAAUGUGCAGAUAAUGAAGCGGGAACAAUGCGUAACUAAGUGGAGAAAUAGUGGGACAGGUGCUCGAAGAGUGCUACGGCAAGGUAAAACCAGCGAACGAGAGGGAGGGCAAACGGAGAGGAUGCGCAAUAGAAUCCAAAGAGGCAAAAGACAGGGACACACACAGCUACACGAAACGUUAUGCGAGAAUAUAUAUAUAUAUAUAAAUCUAUAGUGAAUAAUAAUAAUUUUACAACAAAACAAAUAAACAAACUCAUACACCUUACUCUUACAUUUAUACCAGCUGGUGGUGGUGGUGAUGGACGUUUGUCAGUGAUUAUCUUCCGCAUGAUCUGAAUCUAAUUCAUGAUUUUGAACGUAGUGUACUAAAUGAUUAAAAAAGAAGCAAAGAUACAGAACUUAAAACGUAAAACCAAAGCAACAUGCAUGGAAGGGAGGGAGCGCGAAAAGGGUUAGCAUAUAAAUGUAAGCUUACGAAAGGUUAUCUAACAUAUAAAAAAACAUCACAAACAAGCAGGAGUAAAAAUAUUGGCAAGAAAAACAAACUUAAAAGCUCUUAAUCUUAAAGAAAGGAUGCGAAAAAACGAGCGUGUGUAUGUGUGAAUGGCAUGCAUUUAAAACAGAACUAACUUAAUCGUUUAAUAAGCCACAGAGUUAAAACAGGAUAAAGCUGGAAAAAAUAUUGAAACAUUCUAACGAAAGUAACGGCGAGGCAAAGAAAUAAGCAAUGGCACAACAGGCAAGAUGGGAGUAAAAAAGAAAUGAUUAAAAAACACACACAAAAAAUAAGGAAACGGAACCGUCUAAUGGUUCUACCCUCCCGAAAGAAGCGAAGAAGCUAGUGAAAUGUAUUUUUUGUUUCAUUUAAAACUUUACGCAAACACACAUAGGCUAGGUAAACUAAAGCGAGUGAAGCAGCAAAGGGGCACAUAAGGCAAAUGUGAAAGAUAUGCAAAGCAGAUAACACAAAUGACAAGUAAACGAUACGAGCGCAAACGAUAAAUCAAAUAAAAGCCAUAGUUGUAAAACGGUAAAGUGAAUAAACAGAAUGUACUAAAAGCACAUGCUAGGCAGAGAAAGGCAAGAUAAAAACAUACCCAAAACGUGUACAGAGGUGUAUGUAACAGGGCUAUUCGUUCAGUGUAACUACAUUUAUAUCGUUCCAGAACUAGUGUGACUUACUGUUGUUCCUUUUCGGUUUCCGUGGUCUUUAUUUAUUAAAUAGUUUUUUGCGUCAUUUUACCACCGCAAAUCGGAGUUUUCGUACGCGUUAUUACAAAAAAAAAAAGAAGUAUCGAAUGCAUUCAAGUAAAAAAAGAAAAAGAAAAAGAAAGAAAGAAAACCAGGCAAUGUUGUUCGUUUGUAAGGGGAGCAAAAACAAUCGAUGUUAAAGAAGAAAAGAAACUGUGCAAAUUCAACUAAAUCGAAACACGCAAACAAUUUGAAUCGAAAAGAGUAGCAAAUACUUGUAGCAAGUGAACGAAAGGUGGAAGAAUCGUCGUGCUGGUAAGGGUGGUACAGAGUGUGGAUACAUGAAACUGUAAAACAAUAAUGAGAACUGUGAAGCGAGGGAGAAAAAAAAACAAGUGGAAAAUGGAAUUAUGAAACUGGAAGUAAAGCGUGGAUGGGGAAAUGAAGGGAUUUUAUCGAAAUAUCAUUGCACACACACACACACACACACACACACGCAGUUGCAAAGUGUGUGUGUAGCGAUUGUGCAAUGAAAAUUGGUGCUGUUUGGAAGGAAUAAACGUUCCGCUGAAUGUGGAGAGAGGUUGUGCUUUGAAAAGUAGAAAUGAGUAAAAACGGGAAAUUUGCUAGAGUAGAUGGUGGUCAGGGAAGGAGGAAGGUUAGCCAUGCGCAAUACGAAGGGCAAAAGAAAGAAAGCUAGCUACUUAAUGGAUGUGUAUAGGUUUAUAAACACGGAAGCUCAAAUAUAUAAACAACAUAUUUUGGAAUUAA